AUAAAUUGUAAUAAAAGCUUCUAUCUAUGUAGAACUCAUAUAGCACAUGAGUACUUUGAAGUUCAAGUAGGUAUGUACAAAAAUUGUCUGUACAUUUACUUCAGCGUACAUUUUUAGACAACUAUAGCAAUAAGCUACCAAUUAAUCAAUCAAAGACUACUCAUUUAUUUUAAACCUAAUUUUAUAAAAUCAUUGAACAAUAUUUUUCUUGUCUUGAACCUACUCCAUUUGACCAUAAUGAUUGGCCGGUUUUUAUUACUUAUAUCGUGUUUUACUGUAGUUUUAAGUAAUACCAAUGUUGAAGUUAAAAACGAAGAAGAUUUAGGUGUUAAAUAUGCAAAUCGGUGUGAAGUAUGCAAAAUAUUAGCUACAGAAUUGCAAAAUAGACUAGAAGAAACGGGUAAAAUACACGAAGUUCUUGAAAUAGGAUACUCUCUUGAUGAUGUGCAACCAAAGAAGAGAACUAAAUAUCAAAAGUCUGAAUUAAGGUUGAUUGAAUCAUUGGAAGGCGUGUGUGAAAAAAUUUUGGAGUACAAUAUACAUAAAGAAAGACAAGAUAGUACAAGAUUUGCAAAAGGCAUGAGUCAAACAUUCAAAACGUUGCAUGGACUUGUUGACAAAGGUGUGAAAGUUGAUUUAGGCAUUCCAUUUGAACUGUGGGACAAACCUUCAGCUGAAAUCACAUACAUGAAAACUCAAUGUGAAAGUCUUCUUGAAGAAAAUGAAAGUGAAAUAGAAGAUUGGUAUUGGAAUUUUCAAGGCGAAGUUGAUUUAAAGCACCACUUGUGCACAAAUCAUGCUUUGAAAGACAUAGACAACUCUUGCUUAUUUGAAGAUGUAAAAGGUGACUUAGGUGAAAAGGAUGAGCUCUAACUUUUAAAAUCCAUAAUCUUUCAAAACUUGCUAGUGAUUAUAAGAUUUAUGCUUUAGCAAAACUAUGGCUAUGUGAACAAUAUUAAGACACUUAUGAUUUUGUCAUACAUAACUUAUUUAAGUGAAUGAUUAAGUCAAAAAUAUUUAAUAAUGAUAUAAAUGUGAGAUCUAAAAUAUUAAAACCAAUUAAAAACUUGCUGUGCAGCAAGAUUUUAUAAAUAAUACUAAUAAUAAUAUUACUAUAAGUAUGUAGUACAGAGAAAUUAGUAAUAAAAACCAUCCAAUUAGUCUUAAGUUUGUUUAUAAUUAAAUUGUAUAGAUUAAAGGUUCAAUACAAUAUUACAAAGAACAAAAAACUGUUGUACCUUAUUCUAUAAUAUAACUUUAAACAAUUUACUUUAAAUUACAGACAUUUUAUAGUGCAGCAUCUUCAUAAUUGAUAUUUUUUAUAACUUCUCUAUUAUAAAAAUGGUAAUAAAAAUAAUAUCAUAAAACUUAUCAUGUUUACAAUGUUAAUGUAAAGCUGGAAGUGAUAGAAAACCUACAAAAAUACAUGUUAUUUAUUAUUUAAAAUUAUCAGAUUGACAUUUUGUAAUAUGUGUAAUUUAAUAAAAUCUUAUAAUUACAGUACAUUAUUAUCAUUGAUAGGUUGAUUUGAGCAUUAACAAUAUCCAGAUAAUUCAACCUGCCAUAGAUGUUUACCUAAUGCAAAAUAUCUAAUUAAAUUAAAUAAAAAUAGUCCUAAGUGUAAUAAAAUAAUUUUUGAAUAUAAUAAUGUCUUUGUUUUGUUUAACUUAUCUCUUAACAUCUAUGUUUAAAAUAUAUCAAAUCAAAGAUUAAAGCUAUGGAUGAUUAUUUCUAAACCUACAUGAUGGAGGUUUGCCAGAAGGGAAGUGUACAGAAUUGAUAGAAAAAGUAUAAGGAUUACAAACAAUGAAGUUACAAUGGCUUUAGUUUUAAAAUUAAAUAAAAAUAAUUAAUUUCAUAUUUAAUUAAAUUAUAUUCACAUUCAAAGAUAAUGGUAAUAAUGUAUAAGUUAUUGUCAAGUUUUUCUAAAUUGGAUGAAACUAAAGUUGUUUUCAAUCAAACUUUUUUUGAUUGAGUACUAUAUAUUAUAAAAAAUGAUUAUUAUUGGAUCAUAAAAAUGCGUUGUAACUACCUGUUAAGAACUAAAAUAAGUUACAUGUGGGUUAACAGGAAGGAGUGUAGGAGUUCUGAAUAAUGAUAGUGUGGUUUAUUUUAUACCUAUAUAAUUAUUUCAGUAUAUAUAGUGUAGCACUAUGUAUGUAUGCUGUUGUAUAAUUAACCAAAUUAUAACAAUAAUUUAUUACACUACAGUUAGUUCAAUAUUUAAUCUUUAAAGUGAACUAUAUGCGUGGAUGUAUGUGAAUUUGACUAUAUAUUGUUAUAUUAAGUGUACAAACAUAUACAUUAAUCUAACACAUGAGUGCACUGAGAACCCAUAUUAUGUAACUGUUAUACUGCAUUAAUAAUAACAAAAUGAUAAUUCAAGCUAGAGAAUUUCGUUAAUAAAUUUAUUAAAUAUA